CGGGGGCGGGGCGACCGCGAGCGCGCCAGGGGCGGGUUCCUCGGAGCAGGCUCCGCCCCCCCCCCAGGAGCGCGGGUUUAAAAGGAGGGAAGGCUGGGGCCCCGGCCGUAGUGGCUGCGAAGCGCGCCGGGGCGGAGGCUCGGUGAGGGCACAGCCAUGACCCUGCGGGCGGGGGGCGCUCGGCUGCUAGGCGGCCUCCUCCUCUUCGCUCUGCUCGCUGCGGGCGCCGCGCCGCUCAGCUGGGAUUCUCCGGAGCCCCGCAGCAGGGCCAGCAAGAUCCGAGUGCACCCGCGGGGCAACCUCUGGGCCACCGGUCACUUCAUGGGCAAGAAGAGCCUGGAAACCCCCAGCCCAUUCCUCUUGGGAACAGCUCCCCACAUCUCCCUGAGGGACCAGAGACGGCAGCUGAGUCACGAUCUGCCCAGGAUCCUCCUGCUAAAGAAAGUUCUGGGCGUGAGCCUUAGCAGCCCAGCACCUCACCCCCAGGAGGCUGCUGGUGCGAGCGGUGCAGAAGUGACACCAUUAAUGAGGAAGAUACGACGACGUGGCUUGGACCGUGCCCUCCCAGGGGAGGAGCUGAACGGGACCCUGGCAGUGGCCCCAUCUGGACGUAAAACCUGGCCUCAAAUCUCUGUGACUCCAUUAGUGUGAUUUCUGGUUGUGUCGCCAGGAAUAUUGCCAAUGCAGACACAAAUUACGUCCCUGCUGUGUUUCUUGCUUCCCUGUUGAAGUUGUGAAUAAAACCCAGCUCUUUAUGAA